GCCCUCACGUGACCAGGAGUCGACGUGUGCAGAAGUCCUGCUAGUCUGGUCCUUGUUCCCGUCUGGGUACCAGCUUCCUCGAGCGGCGCGGACGGCGCUUCCCCGGCCAGGGUGCGGAGGCGUCAGCUUGCUGGAAUUUUGCAGGUCUGCAGGGCUGUUGUUCUGAGCUCUAACGCCAGGCUAGAAAAGGCGAGCAAGAAACUGCCCGGACCUGUACAGGUAGAAGUAACUGCAUUCGAGGAGGAAUAAGCAGGGGAAGAAAGGAAAGGAGGCCCGGAAGGGAGCCAGGCACACACAAGAUGAAACCCUGUCAAAAAAUUGAAGGGAAGCCAGAAAAUGACAGUGAACCAAAGCUUGAGGAGGAGCCGAAGCCUGAGGAAAAGCCAGAGGAAGAAAAAGAGCCAGAAGAGGAGGAAAAGGAACUAGAAGAGGAAGAAAAAGCAGAAGAAACUUUCAAAGAAAAGCUGAUUCAGUCUUUGCAGGAAUUUAAAGAAGACAUACACAAUGGGCAUUUAAACAAUGAAGAUAUGUUCAGAGAAGUGAAUGAAAUAGAUGAGAUCAGGAGAGUAAGAAACAAACUUAUUGUGAUGCGCUGGAAGGUUAAUCGGAAUCACCCUUACCCCUAUUUAAUGUAGUUUUUAAGAAUGCUUUUCCUGAUAUUAACUUUCCCAUAUAGCUUUCUUCUGAUUUGCAUUUUCCUGAUAGACCUCUGUCCACCUUUCUGUUUUUUAACUUGUUGCCAUUAGCGUAGCUUGUUGAUUUCAGCUUAGCUCUUGUUAUCUGCUCAUUGUUUAUCAUAGUUUGAACCCAUCUACAAGCCUCUGCCUUUUAAGAGGAGAGUUUUACUCAUUUGUACAAAAAGAGCUUGUUGAGGGGAUAUAAAAUGAAAAAAGUUACUAGGUAAUAUGUGAAAUCAUAUUUUUGAAAGGGAAGAGUACAUUUGUAUAUUACAUAUAUGCAUAGAAAAACAUGAAAGACAAAAAGUACAGGUGGUGGUAAAAUUAUGGGGGGUUUUUAAAAUUCUACUUAUUUGUAUUUUUCCUUAUUCCUAGAAUGUACACACAUUGUUAAAAAUAAUAAAAGUUUUAUAACCAACAGCACUUUUCAGUUUAUUUCUA